AUGUCAACCCCCACAGCAUCUGAUUGUGCCAAGGCUCUCGAAAGGAAGAAUGAAGGUAACGUUUUUGUAAAAGAAAAGCAUUUUUUGAAGGCCAUUGAGAAAUAUACAGAGGCAAUUGAUCUAGAUGCAACACAGUCUAUAUAUUUUUCAAAUAGAGCAUUUGCUCAUUUUAAGGUGGAUAACUUUCAAAGUGCUUUGAAUGACUGUGAUGAAGCCAUUAAAUUGGAUCCUAAAAAUAUCAAAGCUUACCAUAGGCGUGCAUUAUCUUGUAUGGCUUUGUUAGAAUUCAAGAAGGCAAAGAAAGAUUUGAAUGUACUUUUAAAGGCAAAACCCAAAGACUCUGCUGCUACUAAGGCCUUAGUUACAUGUGAUAGAUUUAUUAGAGAGGAGAGAUUUAGGAAAGCCAUCGGAGGUGGAGAAAAUGAAACUAAAAUCAGUUUGUGUCAAACUUUGAACUUGAGCUCUUUCGAUGCUAACGCAGACUUAGCCAACUAUGAUGGUCCCAAAUUAGAAUUUGAACAGUUAUAUGACGAUAAGAAUGCAUUUAAAGGUGCAAAGAUCACGAACAUGUCUCAAGAGUUUAUUUCGCAAAUGAUUAACAAUUUGUUUUUAAAGGCAAAACAUCUCCCAAAAAAGUACGUCGCAGCUAUUAUCUCACAUGCAGACACUUUGUUUCGUCAAGAGCCUUCUAUGGUGGAAUUAGAAAAUAAUUCUACUCCCGAUAUAAGGAUAUCAGUAUGUGGUGAUACACAUGGCCAGUUUUAUGACGUUUUGAACCUAUUUCGCAAGUUUGGUAAAGUAGGCCCUAAGCACACAUAUCUUUUUAAUGGUGAUUUUGUUGAUCGUGGUUCUUGGUCGUGUGAAGUUGCACUAUUGUUCUACUGUCUGAAAAUACUUUAUCCAAUGAAUUUCUUUUUGAACAGAGGUAAUCACGAGAGUGACAACAUGAACAAAAUUUACGGGUUUGAAGAUGAAUGUAAAUACAAAUACUCACAAAGGAUUUUUAAUAUGUUCUCGCAAAGUUUUGAAAGUCUGCCAUUAGCUACUUUAAUUAAUGAUGAUUACCUUGUAAUGCAUGGUGGCCUGCCAAGUGAUCCUUCAGCAAGUUUAUCGGAUUUCAAGAAUAUUAACAGAUUUGCUCAACCACCAAGAGAUGGUGCCUUCAUGGAACUAUUAUGGGCAGAUCCACAAGAAGCCAAUGGGAUGGGCCCCUCACAACGUGGUCUAGGACAUGCUUUUGGACCUGAUAUUACGGAAAGAUUUUUAAAGAACAACAAAUUGCGUAAGGUAUUUAGAUCUCACGAGUUGAGAAUGGAUGGUGUACAAUUCGAGCAGAAAGGUAUGCUAAUGACAGUUUUUAGCGCUCCGAACUAUUGUGAUAGUCAAGGUAAUCUUGGAGGUGUUAUUCAUAUUGUUCCUGGUCAUGGCGUUUUACAGCCCGGUAGGAAUGAUGACGAGAAUCUACUGAUUGAAACAUUUGAAGCUGUUGAACAUCCAGAUAUUAAGCCAAUGGCCUACUCAAAUGGUGGAUUUGGCUUGUAA